AUGCCACUCAAGCUUCGGGCGGCCAUGCGGAAGUGUAAGGCCGCGCGAGACCACCACCGCAAAGUCCACCGGCGGCUUGCUGACAAAAUGGGGUUGGUGCGCGCGGAAGAUAGUGUCCGCAUGGCAAACCUCAAGGCAGUCACUUACGAGGUACAUCUACCUCGUCUGGGCGUGGCUUAUCCACCCAAAGGGUACUGGAUCUACGAGCGGCCGGACACUGGUGCACUCUGGCACCAGCGCAUCGUCGAAGACAAGAUGCCCGACAAGCGCACGAAGCGGUUACCAAUGCACCAGGAGGACAUCUCACAGCUUGCGCAUAUCGUCCCGCCUGACCAAGGUGCCACCAUCUACGACGCUACUAGUGGAGAGAUCGCUGUCGUGAUCAUCCGCGACUUCUGUCGUGACGAGGAUGUCAAGAACUGGGUAGGAGAUGUUAUUGUGGAGGAUAUCAGUAAGACUCGUUCAGUCCGGCUCGAGGAUGCUGGUAAACUCGUCUGUGUCGGUUACACAGCGGGUUCCCGGUCCAAACCCACCUUCGACUGGGCGCGGAACCUGCUAAGCAAGAAGCAUCCUCCCACCUACAUUAACGGCCUUGCCUGCCGUGCAUCGUCAGCGGCCGCCUUGAAUUUCAACCUCGUGCGUGGGCGUCUUCCAGAUGCCCUCACGCGCGAUCUGGACGAGUACUUAGUCAAGAAUCAGUUCUGUCGCAUGGAUGGACAGGGUACGAUGGCGGAGAAUGGAGGAUCACACGGGACAUAUUGUAUACAGAAAGGCAAUGACUCUGUGGAGUUUCAUAAUGUCGAACUUGCCCCGCCUACUGCGUUUAUGGGGGCAAACUAUGCGCGGUACGUCGGCAAUAUAUGCACCGUGUUACAUAUUGAAUUAGUCAAUAGUGCGAUGCACACAGAAUACCAGCCACACCGCUUCGCUUUCUCGUGGACCACAAACCGGAACCUCAAAGACGACGAAGGUGGUAAUUUCUAUAUCGCUAGCUAUGGAGUGAAGGUUUGUAUGGCCCCGAAUACCUUCAUCGCCUGGUGUCCACAGGACGUCCAUGGCACAAGCCUGAUGCACCGCGACCCUUACUGUAACACUCCACCCUUCGCACAGUGGGGUAUAUCUGUCGCCACAAGUUCUCGUUUGGCAAGUAUUUGGAAGAAGUAUCAGGAUGGUAUCAUUUCAGCAGAAGAGGCAGAGAGGCAGUGGGAAGAAUCGUGCGAAGACGAUGUCAUUAUAGACUAGGUAGUAGGAGUGUACACGAGAGCCUCAU